CCUGCAUUUGGGCCUCCCAACUCAAAACUGAAGGAGAAGUCAGAACUCUGCACAAAGAACCCGUAAACCAAAUCCUCUUGUCCCACAGGUCAUCGGCCACUGUUAUGACUGCCUCCCCGGUGAAGUCGUUGAUGAACAGAGGAAUGGAGGCCAGCCAAUUAGAGCUUAGUCUGACUCCUGGCAAAGCAGGGAGCCCCGUCUUGCUCUGCAAAGUGUGUGGCGAUACCAGCAGCGGGAAGCAUUAUGGCAUCUACGCUUGCAAUGGCUGCAGCGGUUUCUUCAAACGCAGCGUCCGACGGAAGCUGGUUUAUAGGUGCCAGGUUGGCAGUGGAAUGUGCCCCGUGGACAAAGCGCACCGAAACCAGUGCCAAGCUUGCCGCUUGAAGAAAUGUCUCCAGGCGGGCAUGAAUAAAGACGCGGUUCAGAACGAACGCCAGCCACGCAGCACGGCUCACGUCCACCUCGACUCCACGGACCUGCAUUCGGAACGGCAGCCAGAACAUGUGGCCGCCACCCAGGGGGCUCCGACACCACCCCACCACUCCCUGCAGAGCCACAGGGUUCCCCCCGGCUGCUCUGCAAGUGGGGUUUUGCGGGCCCAAGCGCUAACUCCCUCCAACAACCACCGUUUCAUGGCCAGCCUGAUGACGGCGGAGACCUGUGCCAAGCUGGAACCAGAGGAGGCAGAGGAAAACAUUGACGUGACAAGUAAUGAGCCGGAACACGUGGGGUCAGAAGCUCCCCGGUCCCCACACCCGGCCGCCAGCCCUGAAAGUGUUUAUGAAAUCUCUGCCCGACUCCUUUUCAUGGCUGUGAAAUGGGCAAAAAACCUUCCCGUUUUCUCAAACCUACCUUUUCGUGAUCAGGUGAUUUUACUGGAAGAAGCUUGGAGUGAAUUGUUCCUGCUAUGUGCUAUCCAGUGGUCUUUGCCUCUGGAAACCUGCCCCCUCCUCUCUUUGUCAGAGCUGACCUCCACCUUCCACGCCAAGGCGGUGCCUGGAGGAAGGGACAUCUGUGCGCUGCAAGAAAUAAUUGCACGCUUCAAAACGCUGGCGGUGGAUCCCACUGAAUUUGCCUGUAUGAAGGCCAUUGUUCUUUUUAAACCAGAAACAAGAGGACUGAAGGAUCCAGACCAGGUAGAAAAUUUGCAGGAUCAGUCACAGGUGAUGCUGGGACAACACACUCAUAUACAUUAUCCUAGUCAGCCAGUCAGGUUUGGAAAAUUACUACUGCUGCUCCCUUCGCUGAAAUUUAUUACUUCGGAACGCAUCGAGGUUCUCUUUUUCCGCAGAACCAUUGGGAACACCCCUAUGGAGAAGCUGCUGUGUGACAUGUUCAAAAAUUGACAGGCGAACGUUUUGGAGGAGUGGCUGAAAUUCCUAAGCGGGCUCCUCCGUUUGAAAAUGCAAGGAGGGGGAGAGACAGACGAGAAACCUGUCCAGAUGUUUUGGGAUUUGGGCUGGAAGCCUUCA